UCCCCGGGGCCACUUCUGCACUACUGCCAGGACCAGGAGCUCCGUGUGCUCUGAAUUGGAAGGGGAAAAAAAAGCUAGCUCUAAACAAAGAGCAGCCGGGUCCUCGCCCGCCCCGGGCCUGUGGGCGCGUCCCCGCCGCCGGCCAGUCUGCGUGAGAGGGGCGCAAGGCAGCCAGCCUGCCGGAGAGGCAGGAAGCGCGGGGGACGGGUAGACGGCUGUGGCCAGGCAGUCAGUCACCACUCCAGGCUCCUGAUCCUUCGCUACAACCAGCCCGGCUGUUGUGGCCUGGCCCAGCUACCAUGGCACACUGCAAGACAGAGCAGGAUGACUGGCUCCUGGCGCACCUGAAAUAUCUGCUCUUUUUCUUCAACUUCUUCUUCUGGGUAGGCGGGGCAGCUGUCAUGGCUGUGGGUAUCUGGACACUGGUGGAGAAGAGCGGUUACCUCGGCAUUUUGGCCUCCAGUACAUUCGCUGCCUCUGCCUACAUCCUCAUCUUUGCCGGUGCUCUUGUCAUGACGACUGGCUUCCUGGGCUUCGGGGCCAUCAUCCGGGAGCAGAAGAGCUGUCUCUCCAUGUAUUUCUGCCUGCUGCUGGUCAUCUUCCUUGUGGAGCUGGUGGCAGGGGUCCUGGCGCAUGUGUACUACCAGAGGCUGAGUGAUGAGCUGAAGCAACACCUGAACAGCACCCUGACUGAACGCUACGGGCAGCCGAGGGCCGCAGAGAUCACAGCCUCCAUGGACCGGCUGCAGCAGGACUUCAAAUGCUGCGGCAGUAACAGCUCAGCCGAUUGGCAGCACAGCACAUACAUCUUGUCUCAGGAAGCCCAGGGUCGCCUGGUGCCGGACAGCUGCUGCAAGACAGUGGUGGUGCGCUGUGGCCAGCGGGCCCACCCCUCCAACAUCUACAAGGUAGAGGGAGGCUGCAUGGCCAAGCUGGAGCAGUUCCUGGCUGACCACCUGCUGCUCAUGGGUGCAGUGGGCAUCGGGGUGGCCUGUCUUCAGAGCUUUGAACAACUUGACCUGAGCGUGGGAUCAGAUCUGCGGGAUGGUCCUCACCUGCUGCUUCCACCGAAGGCUCCAACAACACUUUUAUUAAAGGAGGCCCCUGUAGCCUGCUGACUACCCUGCACAAGGGCCCUCGUCCCCACAUCCUGAACCAGGCCUACAGAGUCAGCAGUUGGGUCAUGGACUGCCCCCACCCUAUGCAGAGCCCACCAAGUGCCUGUGAUUGUGGCUCCUGCCUGUCCCACCUGGGCAGGGUCCUUGGCUCACUCCUCCAUUUAUUAGCACUCAUUCACUGCCAGGAUCCUUGGCAAGGGGUGGUCCUGACUAGAGGCAGCCAGAGCCCUUUGCCAGGCAUGAAACACUGUACUACAGGAGGGCCAGAGCUCAGCUUCCUCUGCACCUUCUCAUUGCCUGAGUCUGGGAUAGAAGGCUGGCAGAUGGGUCCCUCCAAGACUCCUAUAAGACUUGGUAUGUGAUUCCCACCAGCACGGGAUCCCACCCAGCUCUCUGCUUUGGGAAGACUGGGUUAGCUCACCUCCUCCAAAACCUAGCUGGUUUCCGGAUCUUCCCAUACAAUAGCUGGUCAUGCCCUUCCUGUAGGGCCUAGGACAGGAGUGGUCUAAGAUGGGGCAGCUUAAAGCCAGCUGUUGGAGCCACCAGGACAGGGCACUAAGGAGGCAGGUUGGUAACAGCAGGGUGUGUGGCACCUUAGAGAGAGUCACCAAUGAUCACGAGCCCCAGCCCCCAGGGAUAUGUUCUGUUCCCAGUCUUGACUCCCAGAAUGGCAGGUAUAAAAUGUUAGUGAAUGUAAAACUCUUCCCCAGUGGACCACACCUCGGGCUGGUAAGUCAGAGCUGCCGAGGAGAGGAAGCCGUGAGGAAGGAGUUACACUGCCUGUACCCUGUUUCCUGGUGCCUUCGUGACCCCACUGUUUCCCGUCCACUGUGCUCCCUGCAUCCUUCUCCACUCUCCCAGAGUAGACACCGUUCUCUCCUCUGCUUCUCUCUUUAGUCACUAAUGAAAAAGAGACUGUUCAGGAAGAACUCCCCAGGCGUUAAAGGAGACAGAAGAAAAUCCUAGAAAAAAUUAGAGGUUGGGAGUAGGUAUCAACUCAGAGACAACCAUAGGGGACCCCUCUCCAGUGAUUAUUGCUUCGGGCAGCUUUGCACACCAGGACUCCAAUCCAGCUUCUGCUCCCAGUGGGUCCCGCUCAUCUCUCCACAAUAACAAGCCUCAGCUCCCCCAGGAACCAGUGGCAUCUUGUUGACCAAACUGUUCACAACUUGCCUUAUACCUGACCCAGUUCUUACUGCAGAGCAUCCAGAUCCUGCUGAGCUGGGUCGGCUGUUGGGGAGAGAUGAGCUCCCAGUCGUACAUGGGUAGACUAACGGCCACUGGUUGCUGUCACCAGCAUUGCUUUGAAAUUCCAUUCGCAGGGCAGGAAGUAGUUGCAUCAACAGAGGGAACAUCAGGCUCUCAUCAAGCCAGCCUCUCCACUCCAGGAUUCUCCAGGGGCUACAUGAAGCCCAGGCUUGCUUAUGUCACCUGCCUGAAGGGCCCUGGGUUGUCUGUGCAAACUCAGUAAAAAGAAGACACUCCCAACAAUUCCAAACUACAUCAUGGCCAAGAGACAAUCUUAGCUACCCUCUGUCUUCCCAGAUUCUUGCAGAUAUUCAAAGACUAGCUUUGAUCUCCAAGCUUAUAGACUCUGUAGACUCAUACAGAGGGGAGAUUGAGGACAAAAAAGGUGUGGGGCCCAAACCAUGUUCUUCCUGAAGAGGUGCUGAGGGAAACAAUAGUGUACAAGGGACACUGUGGCCUCAGGGAGAUGAGGACAGAGGUGACAAGUGGGUACCAUUUCUACAGCCUUGAUGCAGAGGUGGUCCAGGAGAGCAUGGCUCAUUGGCCUCAGUCAGAGCUGCAGAGUGAGUGGACAGCCCCAAAUGUGAUUUCCUUGAUCACAACAGCCUUGGUGACAAGAUGGGGCUAGAGGACAUGGAACACAUAGUAGGCCAGGUUUGGUCCAGCAACUGCAAAGGCUGGAGCCAAGGAUGGAAUCUGUAGUGAGGUGUGUCCAAUGCUCAGGAUAUUUCUUCCUAUUUAUCCCUAGGGACAGGUCCCUAUUCAGAGGGUAUUACUGAGUUCCUUAGAGAGAGGGAAGGACAGACCUAUAGAAUGUCACCCUCAGUCCUGGGUCGGCACAGACAUACUGGGGUCCCACACCAGGCCCUGAACUUAGCAUGGCUGAAGUCAGCAUAUCCUGAGCAUGAGUCACCUUUCCCUAAGCUCAAAGUGGCUACCUCAGAAACACAGCAUGCCCCCAAAUGCCCCAGGUGGCCAGUGUUUGGGGAACAAGGAUGACCUUAGUCUCUGAUAAAAAAAAAUGGGGUUCUACGUACAUUUGUCCCUUUCCCUCCCAGUGGUGUGCCCCCAUCUCCCACAGCACCCCUGACAUUGCUUUGGGAGUGUUCACUGAGGACCUGUAUGCCUCCUUCAACAUGUUAUCCACAGUGACACCAAUGGGAUGUGCUAUAGUCCCCAUUCUGCAGAUGAAGAAACUAAGGCUUGGUCGAGCUGAACAUCAGUGGUGAUGGCUGUUGUCAUGGCACCAGCCAGGUGGACUCAAAGAAAGCAGGACUAGAAGCUCCUCCUCCCCCAGCACCAGCUGUCAGCUUGGCAUUCAAGAACAUAGUGUCCAAGGUGGUAUGGCCAAACCAUACCACCAUGUCCAACGCCAGCAGUUUCAUGCAUUCACUGUUGAAGCAGACACCUAUUUUAUUUUAGAAGCUAAGGGGGCCAGAGCUCCUAGGAAUGGUCCAGGCCACACUCGGGGGAGGGGCAUUGCAGCCAUUAUAGUGAGAGCAGGGAUUCUCUUUAGUGCUCGGCCUCCAUAUGGAUGGGAACCACCCCAUGUGAAGAUCAUUGGCUGGGAUGUGAAACCUCUCUCCCUGCCCCAUAAGGGAUUAUAUCCACUCUUAUCUUAGAGCUACCCCAGGUAGCUCUAGCCCUGGCUGGUGAUGCCGAACCUCCCCUUCAGGCAAGGACCUCUCUGUCUUCUUGCCCCUCUCGCUCUGCUAUAUUAAACGUGUUAUUUCUAGGCUCUGGGGUGGACACAAGGUGGCUUCUGUCUUGAGCUCUCUCAUGCUUUGAAUGACCGUAGAGGUUCAUAUUUGAAGGUAUGGGCUGUAGGGAGGAUGUGCAGUAGGUCAGUGUGAUGAGCCACUGUGAGCUCAGGAUCUGCCAGUCUGGAUAGCUUCCAAGGUUUUAAAGUCAAGGGAAUGGACAGAUCAGUUAGAACCCUUCCAGCUUUGAAAGUGCCCUCUGCCUAUUGGCUCUGCUGGGCUGGGGCAAAGAGGCAAGCGAAGGGAGGGCGGCUGAAGCUGUUCAGAUGAAAAAGCAGCCAUCUUUGUGAGUGCCAGGUGGCACGUGUGCCCUCCAUGCUGGUGAGACGUGUCUUAUGCUUGCUCUCCCCUCAGCACCUCCAAGGGAACCUUCAGAACAGGAUGCUACCUCCCCAUAGUUGCUCUAAAGAAGGCCAGAUCCAAUAGUUGGCAUUCCUGCUAAGUUCCCAGGUGGUGGUGAUGCCACUGACUGGCAACCACACUAAACCACAGUGUAGACCCCAGGAGGCCACUGCUACCUUCCUUCAGAUGUCUGAACCCUCCAGGGUCAAAAGUCACCUCAGGCCAUUUGGCAUGAGUCACACGUGGAGCUGCUGGAGACUGUUCCCACUGCGUCCACAGAGAGGGUGAGGUGAAGCCAGCCACUCAGUGGUUUACAACCAGUCACGCAAUGCCUGUUGGCAGAGCAUGCUCAGCACUCCUGCCCCUACUGAGACUAUGACUGGCCAGUUGGCCAGAUGCCUGGGUCUUCUUCCUGGAAGGGGACCCCUUAUAGUCCCAGAUUCCACCUUCUUCUGUGUGCCUUUGGGUGGCCCUGCUGCAUCCUGGUCACUCCAGCACGUCUAGCCGGACAUCAAGCCUCCCUCACCCUUCCCCUCCUGCUUACAUACCUGUGAAGCCUGCUUCUACUCUAUGCCAGUACUGACAGAAAUUCCAGGGAGCCCAUUGUUAGGAGUCCAGGCAGGCUUCUGGAUCUAGCAGGCCCAUAGAUGUGAGACAUCUGAUUUCUACAGAGACAGAAGUUGCCUUAAACCUGCCUACAGUGAAACUUCAGAUGUAAGGUGCACCUCUCCACUGACCUCAACAUAAGCUCGGUGCCUUGUGCUAGCGGACUCAAUAAUAAAGGACUUAUACCAAAGAGUGCCUUCUGCUGAUCUGGUGUUACAGGGAGGCCUCGGGUCCUCUUUCACCAAAUGCAAACACUGAAGCUUCUGUGUUGGUCAUGGCUUCCCUACAGUGCCUGCUGACCACAGCCACCAGAAGCCUGCUGCCCCCUCACUCAACAUCUCACGAUUUAUUUGUCUGGAAGGAUCUUUUCUGCUCAUGAGUGUCAUUAAUUUGACACUUUGGGCCGCUAUCAAGGGCUGAACUGAAACCAGUGUGAAAGUUGUGCUCACAGCUUCCUGUCUUCAGUCAGCGAGUAUGUUCAUAUUUUCCGGCCCGCCUUAAUGAACUGGCACUGAAUCCGCCUCCUCCUAUGACAGUACUUCAGAGGCUGAGACAGGAGGAUUACUGAA